AUGUUUUGUCCUAGUGGUAGUGGUAGUAAAGUUAAUGUUACUAGCAAAAAAUUAAAAUCAUCAACUGAAUCUGAACCAGUUGACUCACCAAAUAGUGUUGGUAUGACUAUUGAUAUUAGUACAGGUGCUUUAUUAUUAUCAGUAUUAAAAUUAUCUAGGGGUAUUCAAAAACGGACGGCUAAAGAAUCACAAUAUACGGGUCUUAUACCACCAGAAUUAAUAUCAACACAACUACAGUCAUCUAGUAAUGAAAAAACCACAGUAACUGUGCCUGGCAGUUGGACUGGUGGUCAAUUAGCCGGUGUUUAUGAAAAAUAUUUUAAAGAUCAUCACGCAAUGGCUACAACAUAUUAUCUUAAAAUAUUAUAUACGACCACAUUUAAUAUUAAUAAUAAUAAUUCAAAUUUAAAAUUAAAUAAAUAUGCACAACGAGAUAUUGUUCAAUUAACAGAUGAUUUUAAUGAAAAUUUGUAUCAAAGUUUGUCAGAUGCGUGGGGUACACAUGUCAUUGUAUCAAUUAAAGUUGGUGGAAUGAAUGAACAACAAAUACAAUUUAAAAAUUGUAUUCGAUAUACAACAAAAACGUUUAAGACAACAACACAGGGCUUUAGAAAUCACCUUAAUUAUAUUACCAUGACAACUUAUAAAUUACAUUAUUUUAAUGGUCUUGGACGAGCAGAAAUAAUACGUUUAAUCUUCACACAAGCUGGUCAAAAAUACGAAGAUAUUCGUAUUGAACGUACCAACUGGGAUAGUAUCAAAAAUGAUACGCCAUUGGGACAAGUACACUAUAUAAAAGUCGAUGGACAAAGAAUUCCACAAUCAAUGGCAAUUGUUCGUUUUCUUGCCAAACAAUUCAAUUUAGCUCGAAAAGACAAUUUGGAACAAGCCAAAGUUGAUAGUGUUGCUGAUACAAUCGGUGAUUUAAGUGAAAUAUAUUCAAAACUGAUACAUCGCGAAAAAGGUCAAAGUAAAAAAGAAGAAGAUUUAAAAAUGUUUUUCAAAGAGGACGCACCAAAAGCUUUGGCAAAUUUAGGGACUUUAGCCUAA